ACACCGCGCGCUCUCGCUUGUUUUUGUGUCGGCUCGGCUGGACCAAAGUGCCGAAUGUCUCCGGAUGUGAGUGGAACCCGCCGCGCGCAGGCAGCGCUCCGCACCGGGACCCGCAGCCAGUUCUAAAUCCAUUUCUAUCUGACCCUCGUGGCCACAGGUCGUAUAUCAUCUUUCACCUGACUGGUGUGAGUUAUCAUGGCUUCAGUGCGCUUCACCGUGACCCCCACCAAGGCGGAGGACCUCCCCGGGCUGUCGGACACGUCCCCGGACAUCAGCUCCCGGUCGGGCGCCCGAGUGCGCUUCGGCUCCAGGGAGAGCGUCAACCGGAGCGACCCGCACAGCGAGACCUCCACCACCACCGCCACCGCGGGGGGGGGAGGAGGGACGGAGACGCCCGAGGACAGCAACACAGAGCAAGGUGAAGGAAACUCUAAAAUCUCCAGCGUGUACAUCAACAACAGCCACGGGGUGGAUGAUGAUGACUUCUACGACAGGAACUUGGCCUUAUUUGAGGAGGAGAUGGACACUCGGCCGAAGGUGUCCUCUCUGCUCAGUCGUCUGGCCAACUACACCAACCUGACCCAGGGGGCCAAGGAGCACGAGGAGGCCGAGAGCAUCGGGGAGAAGAAGAAACCGGGCAAGUCUCCACAGAUGGGGACCUUCAUGGGCGUCUACCUGCCGUGCCUGCAGAACAUCUUCGGCGUCAUCCUGUUCCUGCGGUUGACCUGGGUGGUGGGGAACGCCGGGGUGCUGCAGGCGCUCUCCAUCGUCUUCAUCUGCUGCUGCUGUACGAUGUUGACUGCGAUAUCGAUGAGCGCCAUCGCCACUAACGGAGUCGUGCCAGCGGGAGGCUCGUACUUCAUGAUCAGCCGCUCUCUGGGUCCAGAGUUCGGGGGGGCGGUGGGCAUCUGCUUCUACCUAGGAACCACCUUUGCUGGAGCCAUGUACAUCCUGGGCGCCAUCGAGAUCCUGCUGAUGUACAUAGCACCCAAGGCGGCCAUCUUUGAGUCCAACAACCCCGAGGGCGAAGCGGCGGCCAUGUUGAACAACAUGCGUGUCUACGGCUCCAUCUGUCUCCUCCUCAUGUCCUUGCUGGUCUUUGUGGGCGUGAAGUACGUCAACAAACUAGCCUCCAUCUUCUUGGCCUGCGUCAUCGUCUCCAUCGUUUCCAUCUACGCCGGCGCGCUGGUCUCCGCCUUCAAACCGCCACAGUUUCCCGUGUGCAUGCUGGGGAAUCGAACCAUCAACGGGCACGUCCUCGUGGACAGCCAGUGUGCAAAGACCCUCCUGCUGCCGGCCGGCGAGCCCGUGGAGAGAGACGACGCCAACUUCACCUUCACCACCGAAAACGGCACGGCCGCCCCGACCUUUGACCCCGGCCACAUUCCUGCCCUGGUGGAGGACACCACGUAUCUUUGGAAGCAGUUCUGCCAGGGCCCCGAGCUCAACGCCUCCUGCGACGAGUACUUCAUGUCCAACAAUUUCUCUGAGAUCAAAGGGAUCCCCGGUCUGGCAAGUGGGAUCAUCUCAGAGAACGUGUGGAGCUCCUACCUCAGUAAAGGGGACGUGGUGGAGAAAGGCUCGGUCAACUCCUCUCACUUUGCCCCCCCCGCCUCCAACCACCAGCCGUACGUGUUUGCUGACAUCACCACCUCGUUCACGCUGCUGGUCGGCAUCUUCUUCCCCUCGGUCACAGGAAUAAUGGCUGGCUCCAACCGGUCGGGGGACCUGAAGGAUGCCCAGCGCUCCAUCCCCAUUGGAACCAUCCUGGCCAUCCUCACCACCUCCAUCGUCUACCUGACCAGUGUGGUUUUGUUCGGCGCCUGCAUCGACGGGGUCGUCCUCCGAGACAAAUUUGGCGACUCGGUGAAAGGGAACCUGGUGGUGGGGACUCUGGCGUGGCCGACGCCCUGGGUCAUCGUCAUCGGCUCCUUCUUCUCCACGUGUGGCGCAGGCCUGCAGUCGCUGACCGGGGCGCCACGCCUCCUCCAGGCCAUCGCAAAGGACAACGUCAUCCCCUUCCUCCGGGUGUUUGGACAUGGGAAGGGCAACGGGGAGCCGACCUGGGCCCUGCUGCUCACGGGCCUGAUCGCUGAGCUGGGGAUUCUCAUCGCCUCUCUGGACCUGGUGGCUCCCAUCCUCACAAUGUUCUUCCUGAUGUGCUAUCUGUUCGUUAACCUGGCCUGUGCCCUCCAGACCCUCCUGAGAACGCCCAACUGGAGACCACGCUUCUCCUACUACCACUGGACCUUGUCGUUCUUGGGGAUGAUCAUCUGCCUGGCGCUGAUGUUCAUCUCCUCCUGGCUCUACGCAAUCAUCGCCAUGGUGAUCGCAGGCAUGAUCUACAAGUACAUCGAGUACAACGGAGCGGAGAAGGAGUGGGGGGAUGGGAUCCGCGGCCUGUCACUCAGUGCUGCCCGCUACGCCCUCUUGAGGUUGGAAGAGGGACCACCACACACCAAGAACUGGAGGCCUCAGCUCUUAGUGUUGCUGAAGCUCGAUGAAGACGCCCACGUGAAGUCUCCUCGCCUGCUGACCUUCGCCAGCCAGCUGAAGGCGGGGAAGGGCCUGACCAUCGUGGGCACCGUGGUCUCUGGAAACUUCCUGCAGAGCUACGGAGAGGCGCUCGCCGCCGAGCAGACUCUGAAGCACCUGAUGGACAAGGAGCGGGUGAAGGGCUUCUGUCAGUGCAUCGUGGCCCAGAAGCCGCGCGAGGGCAUCAGCCACAUGAUCCAGUCGAGCGGACUGGGAGGAAUGAAGCCCAACACGGUGGUGAUGGGCUGGCCUCACGCCUGGAGGCAGAGCGAGGACCCGCAGUCCUGGAAGACCUUCAUCAACACCGUGCGGGUGACCACCGCCGGCCACCUGGCGCUGCUGGUUCCCAAAAACAUCUCCCUGUUCCCCAGCAACAGUGAGCCCUGCAGCGAGGGCUACAUCGACGUCUGGUGGAUCGUCCACGACGGGGGGAUGCUCAUGCUGCUGCCCUUUCUCCUGCGCCAGCACAAGGUAUGGCGUAAGUGUGGGAUGAGAAUCUUCACAGUGGCCCAGAUGGAGGAUAAUUCAAUUCAGAUGAAGAAGGAUCUGGCGACCUUCCUCUAUCACCUCCGCAUCGAGGCCGAGGUGGAAGUGGUGGAGAUGCACGACAGCGACAUCAGUGCCUACACGUACGAGCGGACCCUGAUGAUGGAGCAGAGAUCCCAGAUGCUCCGACAGAUGAGACUUUCUAAAUCCGACCGGGAACGAGAGCAGGGAAACCCUGGUAGCAGCAGCAGUAGGCCAGAGGCAGGUGGCGCUACAAAGUCUCAGGCCCAGCUGGUGAAGGACCGCAACUCCAUGCUGCGUCUCACCAGCAUCGGAUCCGACGAGGACGACGACACUGACGGCGUCGAGCGAGAGAGGGCAGCGAGUGGUGGAGGAGGAGGAGGAGGUGGUGGUGGUGGAGGAGGAGGUGCUGGAGGCGGCGGCGGCAGCAGCAGCGGGGGGGGCAACUGCGAACACAACCGUCGAGUUCAGAUGACCUGGACCAAAGAGAGGACUUUGCACUACAGGGCCACGCACUCCGGCUGCUCCACCCCCGAAGGCUUCAGAGACAUGCUCAGCAUCAGGCCGGAUCACUCCAACGUCAGGAGGAUGCACACCGCCGUCAAACUCAACGAGGUCAUCGCCAACAAGUCCCACGACGCCCGACUCGUCCUGCUCAACAUGCCAGGACCCCCCCGCAACACGGAGGGAGACGAGAACUACAUGGAGUUCCUCGAGGUCCUGACAGAAGGACUCGAGCGCGUCCUGUUGGUCAGAGGCGGAGGAAGUGAGGUCAUCACCAUCUACUCCUGAUUGGACAGAAGAGAGGAAUUCAGCGUUAAAGAAGCAGCCAGUAACGCAGACGUGAGGGAAGGGAGACAGGGGGAGGGGGG